AUGCGUGCCUGCACUAUCCUCCUCCCCUCUCCACAACGCCCACCGCCUUACCCGGAUGGCCGGAUCCCCACCUCCCUCUCCCACGACGAGGAAGUGGCAGGAGAGAUCACCGCGCUGGAUCCUGGAGGAGACGUCAGCGGAGCUACGACGGCGUGCGGCGGCGUUAGACAGAGGCAUCUCUCCGUAUCCCUUCCACGUUCCUAUCUCAGGCUGAUUCUUGUCGAUCUCGCUCACUCGGGGAAUGAACCUGCGUGCUGCCGAAUGAUUUGCAGAUUCUUGGUGAAAUACCCAUUUGAUUUUUUCUUACCAAGGAACGAAACUCGAGGGAAAGGGACUUUGUACAUAAAAAAUCAUUUUCGUCGGUAUAUGCUGGAGAAGAGGCAAAGUUACUCAAAGCUAUAUUAUGCUCAGUACCUAUAUUCUGAAGGUCGGAUCAGGACUUCUAAGGUGCUUUUCUCCUUGCUAGACUACAUGUUCUGCUACAAGACUAUACGUUGCUAUCUUCUAUUCUAUGUGAUGGGCCGUGGUUGGUUUCGAAUGGUUGAGAAUGUUUAUGGUGCCUUCCAGACACCAUUGGUAAUGCUCUUGUGGUGUAUGUCCCGCUAAAAGUUUGUUGCCUCUAAGGCUAUAUGGACAUCUUUCUCCGUUUUCAUGUUAAGCCAUGUCCUCUGAGUUCCCCAAGUUAUUCUGCUAACUUGCUAUUUUGGGAAAUGAAUUUUGGUUCAUGAC